GCGGAGACGGAUAAGUACGAGGCCUUCAUGACACGUCUGGGCAGCUUCGACAUGGACCUAUUUGCCGAGACGGUCUACAGGCGUGUCAAGGAUGUCGAACAUCUCGCUCGGAAACUUCAGCGAGAUGCGCGCGCUUACAGGGAGAAGGCGCAUACCCUGCAGCGGGACUCGCAUGAGAAGAUUGCCUUCAAGCAUUUCAAGGAAGGGGAUCUCGCUUUAUUCCUCCCCACAAGAAACCAAACAGCCGGUGCCUGGGCUGCGUUUAACGUGGGCUUUCCUCACUACUUUCUGCGAGAGACUGACGCGCAUCGUCUCCGCUCGCGUGAAUGGCUCGUCGCUCGCAUCACUCGGAUACAGGAGCGUGUGGUAGAUCUUUCGAAGAGCCUGCACAAGCAAUUACCAGAUAACGAUUCGGUCAAUGACGAGGAGGAUGACAACCCGUUCCAGCUCUCAGACGGCUUGCGAUGGUAUCUGAUCGAUGCACACGAGGAUAAGCCGGGUGCCCCUGCCACACCUGGAUUGGGCAAGUCUACAAUCGCGACAAACAAUGUCGAGGCCAUGGCGGAUAUGCAUACUCAUGCGCAGGCAAGCGGCAAAGACAAGCAGCGGGCAAAUCCUCACAGCAUUGAGGGCGUCAGCAAAGCGCUGAGCAAGAGUCUCGAGAGUCGUCGGAGCAGUUCCAACUCGAAGAAGGCUCUCCCUUUCGCCGUUGGUGGAGGUGCGGCGCUGCUCAAGGGCAAUGCUUUGGGCAGCGAAACCAACUCACUCCGCGCAGCUGCGCCGGAUACUCCG